UCUUUAUUGUCUAACACUUCUAAGAACGAAAUCGCAUCGCAUUGAUAAUUAACUCAUUAAACAAAACUUUAUUAUCUAAACAAACAAAAUUUUAUCCUCAACGUAAGUACGGGUUGAAGUCCCCAGUCGCCGGCUUAUAUAAAACUAGUUUAUUAAACAAAUAAUGCUGGAGUAGGUACCUAUCGUUUAGUAUUUUAAAACCUGCUUAACGUGUAUAUAAAUACGUAUAAAUACAUUGAUCCAACGUACUAACCGGUCAGUCGGUAGUUUUCCUUGAAGCGCGCGCGUACUAGUCAUCGUAUAGUGAAUAAAAAAAUGCCCAGCGCAAGUUGACGCGAGUGCCUAAUAUCGCAAAACGUGGAACACUUAUAUUUAAUUUCAUUGACAAUUAAAAGUAACGUUAGAAAUAUGCAGUUCAUAGUGUUUUUAGUGAGUUGUGUGGCGUUGUGCUACGGAAAAAGUCUAGAUACGAGUGUAGCGGACGCGGCUUCUAAUGCUACGGUACUCCAUAGUGGAUUGUCGGAAAAAAUAGGGAACUUUUCCAUCGAAGUUUUAUUCCACACGUCUAAAACUUUGCAAGAUGGGGAGAACUUUAUUAUGUCCCCUAUCACAGUGUGGAGUGUAUUAUCCGUCAUAGCGGAAGGCGCGUCGGGUACAACGAGAAAAGAAAUAAAUAACUUGCUUCGACUAUCCGUGAGGAACCGCGACGCCACACGAAUCGGCUUCAGAAACAUCACCCAGUGGCUACAAGUCAAUACCAACACAGUACAACUAGCUAAAAUAAACGCUAUAUUUGUUGACAAAGACCGUCUGCCACUACAAGACUUCCAGGAAAUAGCUAAAUAUUAUUACCAGACAGAAACGGUACCGCUAGACUUUAAGGACAGUGAAAAAGCUGCUUCUGUCUUGAACGGUGCUAUAUCAAACAUUACACAUGGGAAAAUCCCACACAUGGUUGAUGCCAGCUAUUUUCAAGGAACACAGAUGGUGUCUACCAGUGCUCUUUACUUUAAAGGACAGUGGACAGUGCCAUUCAAUUCAUCAUCAACAACGAAAAUGCCUUUCUAUGACACACAUGGACAAAAGAUGGGCGAAGUCAACAUGAUGUACAACAGAUACACUUACCCAUUCUCCAACAUUAAAGCACUCCAAGCCAGAGUAAUAGAAUUACCUUAUGGAAGCGAAAACAGACUUUCCAUGAUCAUAAUGCUGCCAAACCCUGGUGUUUCUCUAGAAGAUAUGUUUGCAAACUUCAAAACUGUAAACCUAGAUACAUUCUUUGAAGAAUUAAGAUUGUCCAAAGAAGAAUAUUCAGAUGAUGAAGUAGAUUGCUUCAUUCCUCGGUUCAAAAUUAAAUCUGAUCUUGAUUUGACCAAUGUACUGAAGAACCGUUUAGGAGUUGUAGAUCUAUUUGAGCCAUCAAAGGCUCAGUUACCUUUCCUGUCUAGAACUCCAUUGUAUGUCUCAAAAAUUGUGCACAAAGCUGAGAUAGAAGUGACUGAAGAGGGUACUGAGGCGGCCGGAGUGACCGCAGCUGAAUUCAGUAACAGAAUAGGAGUUGUACAGUUCCAAGCGAACAGACCUUUCACAUACAUGAUCAUCGAAAAAGUUACAAACUCUAUUGUUUUCGGUGGCUUCUAUAAAACGCCAUCUCUGUACUGAACGAUGAAUGAAAAACAAUGAAAUUGAUUGUACAAAGCCUGCAUUUUAAAAAUAGGAGCUUAUUAGCUGUUUGAAUAAAGAAUUGAAGGAUUAAAUUCAACUUAUACUGUUAGAACAAGGAAAUAAUUAUGUUGAAAUGGUUUAUUCCAUGUGCGAGGAGUGCUUGGUUUUACAAUAAUGACUACAAGUAUAAAAUAUUAUCAGUGUUAUUGUGUACAUAAUUAAACAUCAAGAUAGUGGCAAUACAAGUUCUUGAAUGUCAAAAGCCACAAGAUUAUAACCUUAGGAAUUUUAUUACUGUAUAUUUAUAAUUUUUUAUCACUGCAAGAUUGUAUUUUUCAUAUGCAAAAGUUUAAUAAUCUGCUCAUAGCAAUAAUUAUUAAUAAUUUCGAUUUGAUUUUGCUGUAUUUUCCUACAUUGUUAAAUAAGACUAUAUGCAUAGCUAUUGACACUUAAUUAAGUGCAUUUAAAAGCCAUGAUAAGUCCAUCAAUCCUGCAGUUUGCAUUUACAAACUUUGAUUUGCAAUAUAGAACUCUAAAGCUAUAUCAUUAAGGUUGACAAUUGUUCAUUAGGUUGCUCUCUAAUUGACAUGUAAAUGAGUUGUUUUGUUCAGUUGUGUGGUACAUUUUAGGGAAAUAGCAUGUUUUCCUUAAUGACUAGCAGACAGACAAAUGAUUGGAAAGAAUUGUGUCAAUUUAAAUUAUGGACUGCCCUCAUGCGGGAUUUUACAAUUUGUAUCCUUAAACCUUGGGUAGUUCCGCAAAAACAAUGUUUUAAAUUAUUAGUAACGCUCUGUGCGGUUUUUUGUAAAUACCUAUUUGUUAUUUUUUUCUUGUAAUUUUGCGGUUAGAACCGUUUCUGAGUAACUAUGUAUUUUAUAUGUACCCAUUGUGUGUAAUAGUUAAUUUUCAUAUGUAAAACAUCUGUAAAUAGUCUUUAAAUAUUAUUUUUUCAAUUUUGAGUUUGAAAGGAUUCUUGUUCCAAAAACUGAACAUGUUUUUUAAUCUUUGCAUAAAUUAAAGUCAAGUUUGAACGAAAUUAAGAAAUAACAGGAAAAAUCCUUUCAAAAGGUUACACAUUUGUUUUUGGAAUUUUAAUGCGUUCUCAGUUUACCAAUGGGUCUAAUGUAUGUUUUUCAUUACCAUACAAAAGAAAAUGAACUUUGUUUCAAGAGAAAUAAAGUUCAAAGUACCAUCGACCUUAUCCUGAGACUGCAUUGAUGCGUCAAUUAAUUUUCGACUUUAUUUCAAAAAGGUUAAAGUUUUUUUUUUGUAUUGUGAUUAAUAGCCAGUCAGAAAGGAUACUCAUUCCUUUAAAAUCAUGGUUGAAUACUAUCAAAGGCCUACAAUCGCAGACGUCAAUCUCUUAUUAAUAAUCUGCAUAAAAAAGUCAAAUUGUACGUCACAUGUGCAGUCGUGUAAAAAAAUUGUUGUACUCACUGCUAUGAAAUUAAACAUUAAUUUAUUCAUGUU